UUGGGACAGCUUCUCACUCACCAUCUCUAUAGUUUAACCAACUGGGAAACUAACUCACCUGCAAUUUCUCCAACCAAAUAACUCCCAACAUUUUUGACUACUGCCAUCUGACAUGGAAACCCAGCAAAGAUACGGACAUCACUCACUUUGCCACACCUGCCGGAGAACGCAGAACAGCCGAAUGAAGGUCAAGAGGAUGUCUUCGACGAGUCGCGCGCUGCUCUUUGCACUGGCCCUGACGCUCUACGUAGUGGAAAUGGCCUCGGCGGAGACGCUGUGUGGGGGAGAGCUGGUGGAUGCGCUGCAGUUUGUCUGUGAAGACAGAGGCUUUUAUUUCAGUAGGCCAACCAGCAGGGGUAACAACCGACGCCCCCAGACCCGUGGGAUUGUAGAGGAGUGUUGUUUCCGUAGCUGUGACCUCAACCUACUGGAGCAGUACUGUGCCAAACCUGCCAAGUCCGAAAGGGACGUGUCAGCCACCUCUCUACAGGUCAUACCGGUGAUGCCCGCACUAAAACAGGAAGUCCCGAAGAAGCAACAUGUGACCGUGAAGUAUUCCAAAUACGAGGUGUGGCAGAGGAAGGCGGCCCAGCGGCUCCGGAGGGGUGUCCCCGCCAUUCUGAGGGCCAGAAAGUUUAAGAGGCACGCGGAGAAGAUUAAAGCCAAGGAGCAGGCUAUCUUCCACAGGCCCCUGAUCAGCCUUCCUAGCAAGCUGCCUCCCGUGUUGCUCACCACGGACAACUUUGUCAGCCACAAAUGAGCCCGCUGCCAGCCCUUUGCACAGACAAGAGUUUUGAGGGUGAAAAAAAAGACUAGGGGAUUAUAGCUUUGUCUCUGACGUCAUUUCUGUGGCAGUCCUCUUUGACCUCCCCUGCCCUGUCUGAGCUCACCAAUCCCUCCCCCUGCACAUAUCCACUACGUCUUGAACCCCUGGCCCUUUCCGAACUCCCCCCCUCCCCACCAGCCCACCCUCCUCUGGCACACAGACAUGCCUUCACAUUCUUCCUGUCUGAACUCUUUCUCUCCCACUCUCUUUCAGUCACUGAUACAAAAGGCACAAACACAAAUGUCGAACAAAAAGUUAACAAUUCGGCUGAAUGCGGUUCAGGUGGAUCCUUAAGCAAAAGACAAAAAGAGAAGGGAAAAAGAAGAUGAAAGAGAUCGGUCGUUUGCAAGUGUCAAGAGGACACCUAGCGGAAUGUUUUUUGUCCUUGUGGAAGACAACUGAAAGUGAAGAGCUGCUUGCAUGAAAGAAUCCAUUCCACAUCAUUUUUCCUGAGGCGAAAAGAAAAUCUCUGUUAGUUCUUUAGUUUGUACCUCUACCUAUAAAGGGACUUCCACACUGUAAGGAAUUAUUUUAUAAAAUUAGAUUCCUGUUCCAGCACCUUUUGAUCACAAACAAAAAGCAGAAAAGAGUCUGCAAAAUUGCACAUUGCCACGGAUUACGUCAAAGUAAAGAAAAAAAUGGCACUAUUUUUUUAUGAACAAUGAACGUGUAGCUUAAAAAAAUGUCAUGGUGCUAGCUUUGGGAAUGGACUCAAAGAAGAGGUGGAAAAGCACGUUUUUUUUCUUUGAAUUAAUAAUUAAAGCUUUCCGUUUUAAGGAAAGUGUGACUUUUUUUAAAUAAAAUAAAGGAUAUGGGGGAGCUCCUGGCAGUGGCAAUGUCAAGGGGGAAGAGUCACUGAGGAAAAAUAUGGGCUGUGUUGGCAUCUAGGCUCAUGGUGAGUGCUAGCGGCUGCUAUUUACUAGUUUGCCAGCAUAAGCAGCAAGGGAUGACCCGAGACCUAGUCCCUGUUCCUCCUGUCCCUCUGAGGCUGCUGGACACGUGGAGCACUAUGGGGACACAUACGGGACACCAUGGACCACCUGGAUUGGGACAGUACUAUAGUUUGGGGACAGUACUUCCUGUUUGCCAUGGCUUUGUGGACUGUUCUGGCAGGAAGUAACAUGGCAUGGACUAAGAACGAGUGGGAUAAUGAUGAUUAUAUUUUAUUUUUUGUCUUUUUUCAUAUCAAUGUUUCAAUGAAAAAAAAAAAGGAAAACCCUGUCAGUUUCUGGUACCGUGACAUUCCUGUUUUUCCAAGUUAGGCUUUUUUUUAUUGUUAUGAUGUUAUUUUACAGUUAUAAAGAAAGGGAAAAAACAGCAAUAAUGUCAACUAACAUUUUAUUUUUAUUGUAUAUCAGUAGUAUUCACAUGCUUUUGCCUGAAAACAAAUACUUGAAACUAUAUUUAUAUAUAUACACGUCUACAUGUAUAUAUAUAUAUCUAUAGAUAUAUAUAUAUGUAUGUAUAUAUAUAUAUCUAUAUAUAUGUAUAUAUAUAUAUACAUAUAUAUAGACAUUCAUAUAUAGAUAUAUAUAUAUAUAGAUAUAUAGAUAUACUAUUAGUUUCCAGGGACGUUGUGUUAUUUUCCUUUAGUCUGAGCUGUACCUUGCGUAAUGAGCCGCCAAGCUUUUUUGUUCGUUUGUUGAAAUACAAAUAAGGGCACUGUAUAAAGGCAUUAUUUAUUUUGUUAUAAAAUAUAUUUGAAAAAUUGGUCCAAAUAAUAUACGUAGCACUGAUGCUCAACUGCUAGAUUUAUUUUGUAUGAUCUCUGUUUUCCAAUUGGAGUUGUAAGGCUUUUUUUUGUAGAUGCUUUGUACCAAAAAUGUUGUUUUUUUUUUCCUGUUUCAUUUGCCAUAGUCCUUUAAAUUAAUAUUUUAACAGCAGCAUAGCCUGGAUUGCUUAGGCAUGUUAUGUCACAAAAAUAGGCACAUACUCUUAAUCUGUUGGUCUGCAUGGAUUUCCAGGAGCCUGUCAGGGUUGUCUGAGAAAAUGAAAGCAUCAAUGAGUAACUUUUUCAUUGCUGGAAAAAAAAAGAGAAAUAACUGUUCAACAUGGAUAUUACUCAAACCCACUAUGUUUUUUAAGCCACUUUAGUAUUGAUGGUAGGGGAGGGGGAAUGACGAGUCCUUCAUUAAACUGUGUUUUUAUAAGUGUGCAUGGUGUCCUAUGAUCUUCUAAGGAACAUCUAAUGCAGUGCCAGUCCCACUGAUACUCUUAGUUGGGUCAUGAGGCCAUAAGUGUCCACUCAGCUGUGGAGUUGUGGGUUUGCAUUACACAUGACCUAACCAAGUCAUCCUAUUCAUGCUAACGUUGGUGUGAUGCUAGCAAACAUCAAAGGUCAUUUGAAAGUCACUGUCUGCCAAAGAGAGACUAUCUAUCUAUCUAUCUAUCUAUCUAUCUAUCUAUCUAUCUAUCUAUCUAUCUAUCUAUCUAUCUAUCUAUCUCUCGAAGUCUCUUUUUGGUAUAGCACAGUGACUCUGUGCAUCAUCAAGAUAUCUUGAUCUUGUGCAUCAUCAAUAUGCAUCUGUAUUUGCAUUGGUAUGUGUGUUUGGGGUUCGGGAUUCAUCCCUCACAAUCUUCCACUAAUGCAUCCAUUAUGCAUUUACUGAAGGGCUAUCAUGCUGAAACAUUUCUGAAGCACUCAGGAAAAAAAAUGUGCUCUCUAAGGGAGAAGUGGAAUCGUUGCUGAGUUUAAGAGAUAAUCUUGUUGUGGAAGGUGAGCUGAGGUUGUUACCCAUACCUGGCCACAAUAAUAUAGUUCUCUGUAACAAACCACUGAAGCCCAUGUCAGAAGCAAGGUCAUCCUGUGCCACAUUAUCACAGUUUCCUCCUCUGUUGUGUCAUGCAUCACCCCCAUGAAACGGUGACUCAAUGGAUAGUUGCCAUAUUGUGGUGUAGAGUCGAGAGAACACUUGUGUCUUUUUUCUGUCAGAGAGAUCUCAAUUAUCAAGGCUGCAUCUUGUCUCUAAUUAUAUUCUACUUCAGUUGUGCAACAAAGCAGGCAGUGCAAUUAUUAUUAUUAUUGAUAUUAUUAUAAUAUUUUAUAUUUUAUUUUAUAUUUUCCUGCUAGGACUGCAUUCAUUCACUAUUGUAAUGUUCAAACAGGCUACUCUAGUGUUCUUAUGAAUGGCGUGGAAGACAACCACUUCUUUUCGCUGAAUAUGAAGAAAUAUCUUGCUGAGCAAAGGCAACUUCUUCUGUGUCAGUAGAUCACUCAGCCUGUGUGUAUUUUAUUGAUUUAACCUCUGCACGCUAGGACGUCCGAAAUGCACAAUUCAUGUACUUUCAUUUUUAAUAUCAAUAAAAAAACAUUUUAUCAAACAUUC